AUGACUGUGUUGCAGCUCCCCCUAGUUUCUAAGAGUGGAAGGAUUCGGAAACUGUUGCUUGAAGCAAAAGAUGCAAAAGUUUCGCGCAUAAUUCUUGCUUCUGUUCCGGGUGGACCAGAGGGAUUUGAGCUAGCUGCAAAGUAUGUUGAAAUUACAGAGUCAAAUGUUGCCAUGCUUCGUUGCGUAGCGCACUUCCUGGAAAUGACGGAAGAGUAUGCUGAGAAAAAUAUGGAAACGAGAACUGAAGCUUAUCUGAAGGAGACGGUGCUUCCAAACAUAUCAAAGUCGAUAUCAGUUCUUCAUCGCUGUGAAACCCUCUUGCCUGCAGCAGAAGAAACCAACCUUGUAAUCAGGCUUAUCAACGCAAUUGCAAACACUGCAUGCAAAGAGCAGCUCACCUCUGGCUUAUUGAAACUUGACCACAACUUCACUGCAAAAGGAGCUCCAAAUAUGGAACCUGAAACGCCCGCAGACUGGUGGGGAAAAGCGCUUACAGUUCUUAGCCUCAACUUCUUACAACGCGUUCUAUCAAGGGUGUUAAACAGGAUAUAUAUGAUCAGCAAAAUCUGAAGAUGUCUACAGGACAAAAUGCAAGAGGUCCAAAUUGGAAGAAGAAAAUAUGAAGCUUUACGUGAGGCUUGGUGUUGCAAUUUCUCAAAUGAAAAUUUAUUGUUGUCUGGUGAUUGUUUAGGUAGUUUUAAUAGGUGGAUAUUGAAGUUUGGUUGGUGUGUGUAUUGAAGUUUGGUUGGCUAGUUUGUAUAUUGAAGUUUGAUUGGUGUAUGUAUUGAAGUUUGAUUGAUUGAUGUGAUUCGUUCGUUUUUAGAAA